AUGUACUCAGGCACUGGUUCAGGACUCUGUGUGAUGAAUGACAACACAGUUAUAGCCAAAUGGAAAAGGAGACUUAACAUCAAUAAUACAGUCUAUCAGGCUGAGUUGACUGCUAUUCAAAAAGCAAUUAACAUUGCCAGCAAAUUUCGAACACAGGUCCAGAUCCACAGUGAUUCAAUGCCUAGUCUUCAAGCACUAGGAGGUGGACUGAGCAGACAUCCUAUUGUCCAAAAAAUACAGAGACAGAUACUCAAUCUGACGCCUACAGCUCGGCCUAGUUUAUCAUGGGUGCCAGCACACACCAGUAUCGUGGGCAAUGAAAUUGCGGACACUCGAGCCAAAGAUGCGGCUAUGAACUCCUCUCUGCUGGAAUUCUACCUCCCAUUGCCACGAUCACAGCUUAAGCGCUCCACCUUCCUGAACUUGCUUACUAAAUGGCAAGACUUAUGGAACAACUCCACCACUGGCCGCAGAACUUAUAACUUUCUGUCGAAACCAGAUACUACAGGACUUGUCACAUCAUCUGCCUUAACUACGUUUCUUUCAGGACAUGGUCCUUUUCCGGAUUAUCUUUUCCGCUUUGGCCUAAAAGACACGGACUUAUGCAACUGUGGCCAGAGAGGAUCUCCGGAUCAUUUUCUCUUUCAUUGUGAACUAACUCGAUCGCACCACUUCCAUAUACCUGCUGAAAGGCAUAGGGGUCAGUGGGCUCAACCCCUCCUGAAACAUAAUGGAAGCCAUAAUAGACUUAUAAGGAUUUUGCAUAUAUGUAAUGAACUCUAUGCCUUCUAG